AUGACGCCGGCUACCGUCGAGAACGAAGAUGCCCAAAUCAACGACGGGAGCUCGUCGAGCUACUCCUCGUCGAGGGUCAGCGGGAAUGACAAUGACGACGUCGAGCAAAGCAGCAACGGGGAAACUUCGACAUCAGUUCCCACUACCCAUCAUACGAACGAGAUUACCAGAAACGAAACGAGGAAUGUGUCUCGACUUCGGCAUGUUGUGAUUCUGAUGCUGAUUGCCAAGGCGGUUGUGGUUUGCUGGAUCGUCUACGCAGUCCAAAAGAGUCGCGAAUCGGCCGAGUUUGCAAACCAGUACGAGGCCGCAACCUCCAAGAUCAUUGAAAGCUACGAAGGCAUUGUUCACAAGAUGGGCGCCAUUGGUGGUCUGGGAGUGCAGCUCACCUCGCAAAGUGUCGAGGAGGGCACUCCUUUCCCCUUCGUCUCGCUACCACACUUUCACUUACGCGCGCAGAAUGCAAAAGAUCUUUCUGGUGCACUCGCGGUUACCAUUAAUCCUGUAGUACAUGCCCAUCAAUUCCAAAAGUGGGAUGAGUUUGUCAACGACCCACACAAUAAUGCAUGGAUCAAGGAGAUCUCUGACUACCAGGACGCAUUGGGCAUUAAUCAGUUUGGAGAUGAUACGUACGAUCAGCAACGAAGAAUCGUUUCCAAUCGAACGGUUGAUGUCAUGCGCUACUUUAAUGCAUCAAGUAUGCCCGUCCCAGAAGAUGGCCUCUCAGAGAGCUACUAUCUUCCCCAGUGGCAAGGCAGUCCCUUGGCACACAAUGGCAACCGUGUCAACGUCAACUCACUACGCCAACCCCAACUUCGUGACGCGUCCUUUUGGAUUUUGCAGCACAAGACGGCCUUUGUCGGCUCCUUUCUGGUCGGCAAACCAGGUACCAUAUCGAAUCCACAUCCAGUGACGUCGCUCUUGGCCUUUCUCAUGAGUGCCAAACAAAUGAAAGAAGUAUCCUACGAGGGCGAUCCCUUAUCACCAGUGCACUUCCCCAUCUUUGACAGCUUUCAAAUGAGUAGUCGCAGAGUCGUGGCCAUGAUGUCAGUCUACAUCCAUUGGGCAUCCUACCUCCAGAACAUACUUCCUUCCAUCAGUAACUGCAGUCUCUAUGUUGUCCUUGAAAACUCGUGUCAAGGACCUGCUAGUCCGCGCCAGUUCACUUACAUUGUACAGGGUGAAGAGACUCACGUCGUGGGGAUUGGAGACCACCACGAAUCGCAAUUCGAGUCGCACAAACGAGUGGGAUACUUUGGAUCGGAAGUGGUCAAAGAUGGUACCCUCCAUGGCGUCUUUCUCAACAACUCGUUGUGCGAUCACCAGAUUCGAGUCUACCCCACCCAGGAAUUCUACAAUGAUCUUAUCACUUCCGGACCACUGAACUUUACUCUGGCAAUCGCCGUUCUGUACAUUGUGGUCAUCUUUAUGUUCCUUUUCUAUGACUUCCUCGUCGAAAAGAGACAAAGGAUUGUGCUGGACAAGGCUACCAAGUCUACAGCCAUUGUCUCGUCGCUCUUUCCCAAGAAAGUGAGAGAUCAACUGAUGGAGGCAGAAAACACUUCAAAGGACCAGCACCUUGGGCUGGGCAUCAAGAAUCGGCUGACCAAUAUUCUCAAACGAGAUGCGACCCACGACUUGAAUACUUCCAAAGACAGCCAUGACGAGCCUAUUGCCGAACUCUUCCCCGAAUGCACUGUGUUCUUCGCCGACAUUGUGGGUUUCACGGCUUGGUCGUCAGCGCGAGAGCCUUGUCAGGUAUUUGUUCUCCUGCAAGCUCUUUACCAAGCAUUUGAUGAGAUUGCGCGUCGAAGACGUGUGUUCAAGGUGGAGACUAUAGGGGAUAGCUAUGUUGCGGUUACAGGGCUGCCUGAGCCUCAAAAGUACCACGCUAUCGUGAUGAUAAGGUUUGCUAUGGAGUGCUUGGAGCAAAUGCAUAGUGUUACCCAAAACUUGGAGUGUAGCCUGGGGCCCGGUACAUCAAAGCUCACCAUGAGAAUGGGAGCACACUCUGGUCCAGUGACGGCUGGAGUAAUCAAAGCCGAGAGAGCUCGUUUCCAGCUCUUUGGUGAUACUGUCAACACUGCCAGUCGCAUGGAAAGUACAGGAUGUCCAGGGCGGAUGCAGGUGUCGGAAGCAACAGCCACCCUCCUCAGAGCAGCUGGGAAGGAGGGCUGGCUUGAGCGUCGCCCUGAAUUGGUGUAUGCCAAAGGCAAAGGCCAGAUCCAAACUUACUUCGUUGCCACAACUCCUCAAGGAUCCUCAUGCUCAUCAGACUGCUCCAAACUACACUGCCCCCAGACAACCUUGGGAUCUGAAAAUGUCAGGCUCAUCAAUUGGAUUUCAGAGCUCUUGGUGGCCAAUAUCCAAAGAAUGGUCCAUCAUCGCCGCAAGUGCGGAAUCAAGGAUGACCCCCAUGGAGAUUUCAUCUAUCAGUUGCCCAGUGGACGAAAUUGCAUGGAUGAAGUAUUGGAGGCUAUUGAAAUGCCAACUUUCAAGCACUGUGCUGUGGGUCGAGAAUGUGCCACUGAAGCUGCGCAUGUAGAGAUGACUGCUGAGCACAAGGAACUUGUAAAGGCCUUGGCAGCGGAGAUUGCCUCGCUGUACGAGGCAACCAACAGCUUCCACAACUUUGAGGUAAAGAAAGAAGGAACUUUGAAAUGCACACUUGUCGGGUCUUUAGCUGAACUUACACGAAUGCUGUCUAUUGCUUCCGUCAAUUCUCGUGCCCAACCACUGCAGCAUGCCUGUCAUGUCACCAUGUCUGUUGUCAAGCUUCUAAAUCGAGUCAAUGCCCCCGAUAUCUCUCCGGACAAGGUCAAGGACCAGGCCGAUUUGGCCCUCCAGCUUCACGACUAUACACACGGGAUCUAUUCGGACCCCCUGACUCACUUUGCCAUGGCUUGGUCUUCCUUGAUUCACGACGUCAACCAUCGAGGGGUGUCCAAUGGCCAGAUGGCGAUUGAAGAACCCGCCAUGGCAGGACGGUACAACCACAAGAGCAUCGCGGAACAGAAUUCCUUGGAUCUUGCAUGGCAAGUCCUGAUGCAAAUUCGUUUCAGAGGCCUUCGUCGCUACAUGUUUGGCACAGAGUCCGAGUUGCUACGUUUCCGGCAGCUCGUGGUCAAUGUUGUGCUGGCAACCGACAUUUUUGAUCGGGAACUCAAUGACCUUAGACAAGCUCGCUGGAAGAAGGCCUUCCCCUCUUCGGUUGAGGACAUCGUGGUGGACCUACCAGAGGGUCGUCGUGCCGUCUCCUCCAUUAUGAUGGGAUCCAUCCGCACCAGUGACGUUCGUGCCACCAUUGUCCUGGAACACAUUAUUCAAGCAUCCGAUGUCGCACACACAAUGCAGCAUUGGCAUGUCUAUCAAAAGUGGAACCGAAAGCUGUUGGUGGAGAUGCAUGCUGCCUACAAGGCCGGUCGUAUGGAGCGCGAUCCAUUGAGUUUCUGGUACGAAGGGGAGCUUGGCUUUUUUGACAACUACAUCAUCCCACUAGCAAAGAAGCUCAAGGAAUGCGGUGUAUUUGGUGUGAGUGGCGAUGAAUACUACAACUAUGCCGUGGAGAACCGAGACGAAUGGAGUCUCCGUGGCAAGGAGAUUGUAGCAGGGUUCAAGAAGCAGCUGAUGGAACAAGAUCAAGCUGCUGCUGCUACCAAAGGAGGAGGUGGCACUGGUGAUGAUGAGGAAUCCACCAGCAAGACGUAUUUUGCAUGA